CACACGACAGUGCUCUGCCUCCAACCGAGGACUAUCAAUCCCAUAAAUAGGCAGCGUACACUUUGUGAAUAUGAAAUCAGUUUUUAAGGCCGGAUACGUCGAUGGCAUGAAUGGAUUUUUAGUUCUUUCUAACAGAGGAUGUAUUAAAUGUGGACGAACAGACUUGCUUCAAGAUAAAACGAUGAGGAUAAAAGCUGGCUUUCUAAUUUGGAAUAUUCUAUUUUCAAUGAUGUUCACAUACGUGCACGGUUUCAUCUUCACAUGUGGAGGGACAUUAAAAGGCAAGAACGGCACCAUAGAAAGCCCAGGAUUUCCUCACGGGUAUCCCAAUGGUGCCAACUGUACGUGGGUGAUAGUGGCAGAGGAGAGGAACAGAAUUCAUAUAGUUUUUCAGUCCUUCGCCGUGGAGGAGGAGUACGACUUUUUGUCGCUGUAUGACGGGCAUCCCCACCCGGCAAACUUUCGAAUAAGGUUGACAGGAUUUCAGGUGCCAGCGCCCGUCACAAGCACAGGCUCCAUUUUCUCCCUGCGCCUCACCAGCGACUUCGCCGUGAGCGCUCACGGAUUUAAAAUAUAUUAUGAAGAGCUACAAAGCAGUUCCUGUGGCAACCCUGGCGUGCCGUCCAAAGGGGUCCUGAAUGGCACGCGCUUCAACGUGGGGGACAGGAUCCGCUACCACUGUGUGACGGGCUACAUCCUGGACGGCCACUCACAGCUCACCUGCGUCACCAGCACCGCAGGCACGGCCGUCUGGGACUUCCCCGUGCCCAUCUGCAGAGCUGAGGACACCUGCGGGGGCACGCUGAGGGGCUCCAGUGGGGUGAUCUCCAGCCCGGAGUUCCAGGGGGACUACAAGAACAGCGGGGAGUGCACCUGGACCAUCCUGGCCGACACGGGGGACACCAUCUCCCUGGUCUUCACAGAGUUCCAGCUGGAGAACAAGCUGGACUACCUGGAGGUGGAGGGCUCCGAGCCUCCGUCGAUUUGGUUAUCGGGCAUGAACAUCCCAGUGCCUAUUGUUAGCACCAAGAACUGGUUAAGGCUGCAUUUCGUGACGGACAGCAAUCAUCGACAUAAAGGCUUUACGGCUCAGUACCAGGUGAAAAGAUCAGGAGAUUUCAAAUCGAGAGGGGUGAAGUUAUUACCUGGAAGAGAUAACACAAGCAAGUUUUCGAUCAUGAACGAGGGAGGUGUAAAACAAGUGUCCAAUUAUUGCCCUGACCCAGGGGAACCAGAGAAUGGCAAGCGCAUUGGCUCCGACUUCAGCAUCGGAGCCAGCGUGCACUUCACCUGCGACGGGGACCACGUGCUCCAGGGCUCCAAGACCGUUACGUGCCAGCGCGUGGCCGAGGUCUUCGCCGCCUGGAGCGACCACAGACCCGUCUGCAAGGUGAAAACCUGCGGCUCGAAUCUCCAGGGGCCCUCGGGCACGUUCACGUCGCCCAACUUCCCCAUCCAGUACGAGAGUAACUCGCAGUGUGUCUGGAUCGUUACGGCCAGCAAUCCCAACAAGGUUAUUCAAAUCAACUUCGAGGAGUUUGACCUGGAAAUCGGAUAUGACACUCUAACAAUCGGAGACGGAGCUGAAGUGGGGGAUUCCAGGACCAUCAUUCAAGUGUUAACUGGCAGUUUCGUUCCGGACCUAAUUGUCAGCAUGACCCAUCGGAUGUGGCUACAUCUUCAGUCAGAUGAGAGCGUCGGAUCUAUAGGCUUUAAGAUCAAUUAUAAAGAAAUUGACAAGGAGAGCUGCGGAGACCCAGGGACGCCGCUGUAUGGAUUUCGGGAAGGCAGUGGCUUCUCCAAUGGGGAUGUGCUGCGCUUCGAGUGCCAGUUUGGCUUCGAGUUGAUCGGCGAACGAACGAUUUCGUGUCAGAAUAACAACCAGUGGUCCGCCAACAUUCCCAUCUGUAUAUUUCCGUGCCUGUCCAACUUCACGGCCCCCAUGGGCACGGUGCUGUCCCCGGACUACCCGGAGGGCUACGGGAACAACAUGAACUGCGUGUGGCUCAUCAUCUCCGAGCCCGGCAGCCGCAUCCACCUGGCCUUCAACGACUUCGACCUGGAGCCGCCGUACGACUUCCUGACGGUGAAGGACGGCGAGGCGCCCAACGCCACCGUGCUGGGACGCUUCUCGGGCGCUGAGGUGCCCUCGCACCUCACCAGCCACACCCACCUGCUGCAGCUGGAGUUCCAGGCCGACCACUCCAUGUCGGGGCGAGGGUUCAACAUCACCUACAGCACGUUUGGCCACAACGAGUGCCCGGACCCUGGGGUGCCCUUGAACGCACGGCGGUUCGGCGACAGCUUUCAGCUGGGCAGCUCCAUCUCGGUGGUGUGCGAGGAGGGCUUCAUCAAGACCCAGGGCUCCGACACCAUCGUCUGUGAGCUGGAUGGAGACAGGGUGAUGUGGAGUGGCCUGAUCCCCAGAUGUGAAGCUCCCUGUGGCGGUCAUUUCACGGCCCCGGUGGGAGUGAUCCUGUCUCCCGGCUGGCCUGGCUACUACAAAGACUCCCUGAGCUGCGAGUGGGUGAUUGAAGCUGAGCCCGGCCGCUCCAUCAAGAUCACCUUUGACAGGUUUCAGACGGAGUUGAGCUUCGACUUUCUGGAGGUCCACGACGGGCCCAACCUGCUCUCCCCGCUGCUGGGCUCCUUCAACGGCUCCCAGGUGCCCCAGUUCCUCUUCAGCAGCGCCAGCUCCCUCUACCUGCUCUUCACCACCGACAGCAGCCGCUCCGACAGCGGCUUCAAACUCUUUUAUGAAACUGUGGCAGUGGACAGGCACUCUUGUCUGGAUCCUGGGAUUCCCGUUAACGGCGUCCGUCAUGGCCAGGACCUUUCCAUCGGCUCCAAGGUGCGCUUCACCUGCGAUGCCGGCUACCGACUGAGCCACGAGGAGGCCCUGGUGUGUGAGAAGAACCACUGGUGGAGUCACCCACUUCCCUCGUGUGAUGCGCAGUGCGGCGGUGACAUUGAGGGACCUGAAGGCAUUAUCCUGUCCCCUGGGUUCCCCGAGCUCUAUCCCAACUCAUUAAACUGCACCUGGACGGUGGAGGUCAGCCACGGCAAAGGAGUGCAGUUCACGUUCCACACCUUCCACCUGGAGGACCACCACGACUACCUGCUGCUGACGGAGAACGGCAGCUUCGCCCAGCCCUUGGCCCGGCUCACCGGCGCGCAGCGGCCGCCAUCCAUCAACGCCGGCCUCUACGGCAACUUCAGGGCCCAGCUGCGCUUCAUCUCCGACUUCUCCAUCUCCUUCCAGGGCUUCAACAUCUCCUACUCAGAGUAUGACCUGGAACCGUGCGAAGACCCUGGCACGCCAAGGUUUGGCUGGCACAGUGGCGGUGGGCGCCUGGGUAUUGGCGACUCGCUGGUGUUUGCGUGCGAGAGUGGCUACCGGCUGCAGGGCUUGCGGGAGAUUGUGUGCCUGGGUGGUGGGCGACGUGUGUGGAGUGCACCCCUGCCAAGAUGUGUUGCCGACUGCGGCUCCACCGUCAUCGACAACGCCGGCGUUCUGCUCUCGCCCAACUACCCCAUGAAUUACGACACCAAUCACGAGUGCAUCUACAGCGUCCAGGUGCAGGCAGGCAAGGGGAUCAACAUCUCUGCCAGCGCCUUCCAUCUCGCCCAAGGUGACAUCCUUAAGCUGUAUGACGGGCAGGACAACACGGCGGAUGCCCUUGGCACCUUCUCAGGGACGACCAUGCUGGGCCUGUCCCUCACCAGCACCUCCAAUCAUCUGUGGCUGGAGUUCUACUCCGGGCCGGACACCACGGCUCCAGGCUUCAAGCUCAUUUUCUCCAGUUUCGAGCUCUCCCACUGCGAGGACCCCGGCGUUCCCCAGUUCGGCUCCAAAGUCAGCGACCAGGGCCACUUCUCCGGCAGCGCAGUCACCUACAGUUGCGACCCGGGAUACCGUCUCCAUGGCAGCAGCGUCCUGCGCUGCAUGACAGGCGAGAGGAGGACCUGGGACCACCAGUUGCCCUCCUGCAUAGCGGAAUGUGGCGGAAGUUUCCUGGGGGAGUCGUCGGGGAGGAUCUUGUCUCCUGGAUACCCCUUCCCCUACGACAACAACCUGCGGUGCACCUGGGCCAUCCAAGUGGAUACAGGAAACACAGUCAGCCUGCAGUUCUUGGCCUUCGACACGGAGGCGUCCCACGACAUCCUGAAGGUGUGGGACGGCCGGCCGGAGAGCGAGAUGCUGCUGAGGGAGGUGAGCGGCUCCCUGCUGCCCGAUGGUAUCCACAGCACCCUCAACCUCGUCACGCUGCAGUUCGAAACCGACUUCUACAUCAGCAAGUCCGGAUUCGCCAUCGACUUCUCCAGUUCGGUGGCCACGGCCUGCAGGGACCCCGGCACGCCCAUGAACGGCACCCGUAGCGGUGACGGCAAGGAGCCAGGUGACACGGUGACCUUCGUGUGUGACCCGGGCUACGAGCUGCAGGGCGAGGGCAAGAUCACCUGCAUCCAGGUGGACAACCGAUACUACUGGCAGCCCAGCCCUCCCACCUGCAUCGCUCCUUGUGGUGGAAACGUGACAGGAUCCUCUGGCUUCAUCCUGUCGCCCAACUACCCGCACCCGUACCCCCACAGCAAGGACUGCGACUGGUUCAUCACCGUCCACACCGACUACGUCAUCUCAUUAGCUUUCAUAAGUUUCAGCAUCGAGCCCAACUACGACUUCCUGUACAUCUACGACGGCAGCAGCAGCAGCCACCUGAUCGGGACCUUUCAGGACAGCAAACUGCCCGAGAAGGUGGAGAGCACCUCCAACGUCAUGCACAUCGCCUUCCGCAGUGACGGCUCUGUCAGCUACACUGGCUUCCACCUGGAGUACAAAGCCAAGCUGCGUGAGUCGUGUUUCGAUCCGGGCACGGUGAUGAAUGGCAGCAGGCUGGGGAGCGACUACAAGCUGGGCUCCAGCGUGACCUUCCACUGCGACGCCGGCUACCUGCUGCAGGGCUACUCCUCGCUCAGCUGCCAGAUGGGGGACACGGGCCGGCCCGAGUGGAGCCGCCCGCUGCCCAGCUGCCAAGCUCCUUGUGGCAGCCGCUCCACGGGCUCAGAGGGCACGGUGCUGUCUCCCAACUACCCCCGCAACUACACCCGCGGCAACACCUGCCUCUACGAGGUCUCCGUGCCGGGAGAGUUCGUGCUGUUUGGACAGUUUGUCGUCUUUCAGACCACGACUCACGACAUGGUGGAUAUCUACGAUGGCCCCUCGCCAGACUCCCCUCUCCUGGCCUCGCUACACGGCUCUCACUCAGGGGAGACCUUACCUCUAAGCUCUGGAAAUGAAAUCACAAUCAAGUUCACCUCUGAAGCACCAACCACUGCCAAGGGGUUUCAUUUUGUGUAUCAAGCCGUGCCCAGGACCAGUGCGUCGCAGUGCAGCUCGGUGGCAGAGCCGCGGUUCGGGAGGCGCAUCGGCAACGACUUUGGCCUGGGAGCCAUGGUGCUGUUCGAGUGUAACCCUGGCUACACCAUGCACGGGGCCACCGCCAUCCGCUGCGAGUCCGUGCCCAACGCCCUGGCCCAGUGGAACGGAACCGUGCCCGCCUGCACCAUUCCCUGUGGAGGAGUUCUGACUGCGCGCCGUGGGACCAUCCUGUCUCCUGGAUACCCGGAUCCCUAUGACAACUAUCUGAACUGUGCUUGGAAGGUCUUCGUUCCAGAGGGAGCCGGGAUCCAAAUCACAGUGGUGAGUUUUGCCACCGAGCACAACUGGGACACGUUGGAGUUCUACGACGGAGUCGACAGCGAUGCACCAAGACUCGGAAGUUAUUCAGGUACCACCAUCCCGCCGGUCCUCAACAGCACCUCCAACAACUUGUACCUGACGUUCCAGACGGACAUGAGCACAUCGGGCUCCGGCUUUCACCUGGAGUACACGGCAAUAGGUCUGGAUUCCUGCCCAGAGCCCCCGUCUCCCAGCAGUGGAGUGCGGCUCGGCGAGCGCUACAUCGUGGGUGACGUGGUCUCCUUCCAGUGCGACCAGGGCUACAGUCUGAAGGGGAGUGGGCACAUCACGUGUAUGCCAGGCCCCGUCAGGAGAUGGAACUACCCGGUGCCCCUCUGUCUCGCCCAGUGUGGCGGCUCCUUGACAGAAUUCAACGGGGUGAUCCUGAGUCCUGGCUUCCCAGGGAAUUACCCCAGUGGCCUUGACUGCGACUGGACCGUAAAACUCCCCAUUGGCUUCGGCAUUCACCUGCAGUUCCUGAACUUCUCCACGGAGGCGGUGCACGACUACCUGGAGGUGCGUAGCGGCACUCCGGAGGCCGGCUCCGUCAUCGACCGCUUCAGCGGCUCCGUGGUGCCCGACUCCUUCUUCAGCACCACCCACCAGACCAGCUUUGUCUUUCACAGCGACUACUCGCAGAACAAAGCCGGCUUCCACAUCACCUAUGAGGCGUACGAGCUGCAGAGGUGCCCGGACCCUCGACCUUUCCGUAACGGCGCGGUGAUUGGCAGCGACCUGGGAGUGGGCAUGACCAUCUCCUUCGAGUGCCUGCCGGGCUACACACUGCUGGGGGAGCCUUCGCUCACCUGCCUGCAUGGAGUUAGCAGAAACUGGAACCACCCGGUGCCGCGCUGUGAAGCUCUCUGUGGCGGCAACAUCACCUCCCUGAAUGGCACCAUAUACUCCCCUGGGCACCCGGCCGAGUACCCCAACUUCCAGGACUGCAUGUGGACUAUCAGGGUGCCCCCGGGGAACGGCAUCUACAUCAACUUCACCCUGCUCAACACCGAGCCCAUUUACGACUACAUCACUGUCUGGGACGGCCCUGACCAGGGCUCUCCUCAGAUUGGUCAGUUCAGUGGAAGCUCCACCCAGGAGGCGGUCCAUAGCACAUCCAAUCACAUCCUCAUCAAGUUCCACAGCGACUUCAGCACCAGCGGGUUCUUCAUCCUCACGUACUAUGCCUACCAGCUCCGCGUAUGUCAGCCUCCGUCACCAGUGGCCAAUGCAGAGGUGUUGAUGGAUGAUGAGGAAUUUCAAAUAGGAGACAUAGUCAGGUACCGGUGUCUGCCUGGCUUCACCCUGGUGGGCAGCGAGAUCCUGACCUGCCGAUUGGGCGAGAGACUUCAGAUGGACAGCCCCCCGCCCCUCUGCCAAGCGCAAUGCCCGGACAACAAGGUGCUGUUUGACUCGACGGGGGUCAUCCUGAGCCCGGGCUUCCCAGACAGCUACCCCAACCUGCAGAUGUGCUCCUGGCUCAUCAACGUGGAGAAGGGCUACAACAUCACGCUGCACUUCGAGCUCUUCCAGACCGAGAAGGAGUUCGACAUCCUGGAGAUCUUUGACGGCCCCAACAUCUACAGCCCCAGCCUGGCAGCCCUGAGCGGGGACCACGCGGUGCCCUUCAACGUCACCACCAGUGGUCACCAGCUGCUCCUGCGCUGGUCCUCCGACCACGGCACCAACAAGAAGGGCUUCCGCAUCACGUACGUGGCCCUGUACUGUAGCACUCCGGACUCCCCGCAGCACGGCUUCGUCAUGAGCCAGACGGGCGGCCAUGUCAACAGCGUGGUGCGCUGGGCGUGCGACCGCGGCUACCGGCUCAUCGGCAAGGGCUCGGCCGUGUGCCGCAAGACGCCCUUCGGACUCCUCGCCUGGGACGGCUCGGUCCCCGCCUGCCAAGCGGUGUCCUGUGGGAUGCCGGCGGCUCCCGUCAAUGGCGGCGUGCUGGCAGCGGAUUACUCGGCGGGCACGCGGGCCACCUACUUCUGCAACGAGGGCUUCCGGCUCUCCUCCAAAGAGGUGACCAGCACAGUGUGCCAACCCGACGGGCUCUGGAGCAGCCACAACAAGAUCCCCCGCUGCACUGUCAUGGUGUGUCCCAGUAUCGGCUCCUUCACGCUGGACCACGGCAAGUGGCGCAUUGUCAACGGCUCGCGCUACGAGUUCGGCACCAAGGUGGCCUUCGCCUGCAACCCCGGCUACUUCCGCCUGGGGCCCGCCCACAUCCACUGCACCGCCAACGGCACGUGGAGCUGGCGCAACGAGAGGCCCCGCUGCAGGAUCAUUUCGUGUGGGGAGCUGGCCACCCCGCCUAAUGGGAGGAAAAUUGGAACGCAGACGACCUUCGGCGCCACAGCCAUUUUCACCUGCAACUCCGGAUACAUCCUGGUGGGCUCCACCGUCCGGGAGUGCCUGGCCUCAGGCCUAUGGAGUGGGCCCGAGACACACUGCCUUGCCGGUCACUGCGGUGUCCCCGAGCCCAUUGUGAACGGGCAGGUGGUGGGCGAGAACUUUGGCUACAGGGACACGGUGGUGUACCAGUGCAACGCUGGCUUCCGCCUCCUCGGCUCCUCUGUACGCAUCUGCCAGCAGGACCACCAGUGGUCUGGACAGCUCCCCUCCUGCGUGUCUGUGAGCUGUGGCCAUCCUGGCAGCCCCAUCUAUGGGCGUACGGUGGGAGAUGGCUUCAACCUCAACGACGUGGUGAGCUUCUUCUGCAAUAACGGCUACAUCCUCGAGGGACCCUCCCAGACGCAGUGCCAGGCCAGCCGCCAGUGGAGCCAGCAGCCCCCAACCUGCAGAGUGGUCAACUGCACGGACCCAGGGAUCCCGGCCAACUCCAUCAGGCAGAGCAAAAUCGAACAUGGCAACUUCACCUUCGGAACGGUGGUCUCGUUUGACUGCAAUCCGGGCUAUUACCUGUUCGGAUCAUCCGUGCUCACCUGCCAGCCGACGGGCCUGUGGGACAAGCCCUUGCCAGAGUGCAUCGAGGUUGACUGCGGCCACCCCGGGGUGCCUCCUCACGGCGUGCUGGUGGGGGAGAAGUCCUCGUUCGGCUCCACGGUGCACUACACCUGCGCGGGGGGCCGCCAGCUGAUGGGGGACGCCGCACGCACCUGCCAGCUCAACGGACACUGGAGCGCCCCCCUACCACACUGCUCAGGUGGCAGCGCAGGCAGCUGCGGGGACCCCGGCACCCCGGCCCACGCCACGCGGGAGGCGGGCAGCUUCCAGCUGCGCAGCAAGGUGCGCUUCACCUGCCACUCGGGCCACACCCUCUACGGCUCGGCUGAGCGCAUCUGCUUCCCCAACGGCACCUGGUCGGGCAAGCAGCCCACCUGCAAACCUGUCCAGUGCGGUAACCCGGGCACGCCGGCCAACGGGCGGGUGGCGCACUUGGAUGGCACCUCGUUCUCCCACUCCAUCGUCUACUCCUGUGCCCAUGGCUACCGCCUCUCCGGCACCCCUGCCCGCUCAUGCCUGGCCAAUGGCACCUGGUCGGGCACGGAGCCCAACUGCACACUGAUCAGCUGCGGUGACCCUGGCAUCCCGGCCAACGGUUUGCGCAUCGGAGAGGACUUCACGGUGGGUCAGAACAUCACCUUCGCCUGCCAUCCCGGCUACAUCAUGGCCAACAGCACCGGGCCCACCCGGACCUGCACCCACAACAGCACCUGGAGUGACACCCUGCCUGCCUGCAAAGCGGUGAGGUGCCCUAUGCCGCCCCCUAUCCACCAAGGCCGUGUGGAGGGUAGUGUGUUUGAGUGGGGCACCAGCGUGAGCUACACCUGCCUGACGGGCUACGAGCUCUCCUUCCCCGCCAGCCUGACCUGCGUGGGGAACGGCACCUGGGCCGGCGAGCUGCCCCUCUGCCUACCCAAGUUCUGUGGUGACCCGGGGCUGCCAGCGAGAGCCCGCAGGGAGGGCCAGAGUUUCAUCUACAAGUCGGAGGUGGAAUUCAGCUGCAGCGCCCCCUACGUGCUGGUGGGCUCCAGUGCACGCGUCUGUCAGGCGGAUGGCUCCUGGAGUGGCACACAGCCACGAUGCAUAGAGUCGACCAGACACUCAUGUGAGGGCCUUACAGUCCCCGAGUUUGGCUACCUGAAUAACAGCCUGGGCUUCAAGGUUGGCAGCACGGUGAAGUUCCACUGCCAGGCUGGGCACCUGCUCCUGGGCUCCACCACGCGGACCUGCCAGCCUGACCUCACCUGGAGCGGGGACCAGCCGCAGUGUCUGCCCCACUCCUGUAAGCAACCAAAGAGCCCGGCGCACGCCAGCGUGGUGGGCAUGGACCUGCCAUCGUUCGGCUACACGCUGGUCUACUCCUGCCAGCCCAGCUACUUCCUGACGGGAGGCUCCGAGCACCGCGUCUGCCGGACCGACGGCACCUGGACGGGCAAAGUUCCGGUCUGCCGCGCUGGCUCCAAGACCUCCGAGAAACCCGCAGUGGUGGCCGAGCAAGGAACGCCAUUCCCCAAAAUAAACGUUCCGGAUGAUGUGUUUGCGCCGGCGUUCGCCUGGAAGGGCUCGUUCGAGCACCGGGGUGUCAAGCAGCCCAUGACUCUGACAAUCACCAGCCUGAACGUGACCACGGGCAGAGUCAACGUGACACUCAACGACGGAGACGUGGAGCUUCUGCUCUCAGGUGUGUACAAGAGCAGGGAGGCGCGCCUGACGUUGCAGCUGCACCACAGCCAGACGCUGGCCCACAGCACCUACAGCAAGACCACAGAGGACACCUGGGCCAUGGACGGCUUUGUUUCCGUGGAGCCUGACCGUGGCACUUACGUCUACCAAGGCUUCAUACAAGGGAGAGAUUACGGCCCGUUUGGACUACAGAGACAAGGUCUGAAUGUGACGGAAGCAACCAGGACACCGGAGGCUCCCCCCGGGACCAACAGCAGCUCUGUGGCCAUCGCCAUCCUCGUGCCUUUCUUCGCCCUCAUUUUCGCAGGCUUCGGAUUUUACCUAUAUAAACAGCGGAAAACAGAUAAAACGGAGUACUCCGGAUGCGCCGUGCACGAGAACAACAAUGGUCAGGCGACGUUCGAGAACCCCAUGUACAACACCAACUCCAAGUCUAUUGAGGGCAAGGUCGUCCGCUUUGAUCCCAACCUCAACACAGUCUGCACAAUGGUUUGAUAAAGGAGCCCUUUCUCCAAGAUGGAACAUUUUAUGUUUUUUAAGAGGUUUUUUUUUUGCUUUCCUCUUCCUUUCAGGAUUGGGACGUGUGAUUAUUUUUUUGUGA